UAUAGGAGUCUCAAAGUUGGAAAUGGAGACACUAGGUGUCAAGAUGUUGGCCCAAGAUCUUCCAAAGGGACACCAGUUGUUGAGUGAAAUCACAGACAGGGUGAAGGCCGUCAGAGAGCACGUAGCCAAGAUAAGAGCACAUGCUCUGACUGGAGGUCACAAGCCUGAGGCUGGUAUUAGCCUGCUAGAAUUGAAGUUUCAGUUAUUACUGAGUUACCUGGUCAACAUUGUGCAAGUGGUGAUGAUGAAACUGAAUGGACAAUCAAUUAAUUGCACUCCUCCCUUACAUAGGAUAGUGGAGAUCCGAACAGUACUAGAAAAAAUUCGACCUUUGGAUCAAAAACUCAAGUAUCAAAUGGAAAAACUCGUGCGAACAGCAACAACUGGAAUGGCGUCUGCUAGUGAUCCUCUACGCUUUAAACCCAACCCUUCCAAUCUGGUGUCUAAAGUUGACGAGAGUGAGAGCAGUGAUGAAGAACGACCAACCUCAAAUCCUAAACUCUACAUGCCUCCAAAAGUGGUGUCUACUCCCUAUGAUGAGAAUCCAGGCAGGCGGGAAAAGAAAAACAGAAAUCAAACAGCUCUAAUUGAGGAGCUUAAGGAAGAAGUACUAGAUAUGCCAAGUGAAGUGAAGACAUCUAUGGUAGUUGGUGGACUUCAAAAACGAAGAGAACUUGCUAGAGAAAAAGACUUGGAGCGGUUUGAAGAGAAUAAUAUGAUGAGGUUAUCUCGCAAAAGGAAGUCACAUGACACAGGUCGUAGCAACCGACAAGAGCUGGACGAUUUAGCUGAAUUUUCAGAGUUGAAAUCCAUCACUCAAGAUUUUGGGGAGUACCCACCAAAGAAGAAAAGUAAGAGUAAACGAACUUCCAAGAAAAAGAAACGAAGUUUCCGUUGAAGAAAUAGACUUUUCAAAGCUAGAUGUACAGAUGCUUUAAAUAGCAUUGCCAGUCCUAAACAUACAAUUAUAGUGAUCAUGCAACUAUUCUAAGAUUGUCCUUUAAAAAUAACUUUAUAUAAUUAAUUUGUUCAUGCUUUGAGACUGAACACCAAA